AUGUCGAUAUCGGGAUUGGGAAUAAGGGAUCAUAUGAAAGGUGGAUGGCAAAAAGGUAAAGAUGCAAAACCUAAAGAUAAAUUGAAAGGUCUCAAUCAAAAAGCUGCUGGAUGGAUGGGAAAAGGAAAAGAUCCAAAUGAAGAAUCUCAAGAACAUACAUCCACACCAAUAACCUCAUUAAAAGACCCAUCAUCGUUCGGUCCACCACCCAAAAGUGUUAGAUAUCAUGGAGCAACCGCCUUACCACCACCAACCCAACUUACAAUUCAAAACCAUCACACCCCAUCGAAUACAGGAGGAUGGGGAACCGCAGUACCACAAAGUGAAAUCCGAGCAAAACAAGAAGCAGAAGAAGAAGAAAGAAGAAGACAAGAAGAAGAAGCUCUCCAACCCAAACCACCACCAAUGCCCUAUCGCGCAAACACGACCGGAUUAUCCACCACACAUUUACCACCACCUCCCGGUAGGAAAGAUGGUGCUGAUGGUCGAACACCACUUCCAGCUCCAGCUCCUGUAGCCGGAAAAUCGAAACCGCCAGGCCUACCACCCAGAUUACCACCACGACAAAAUUCGAGUCCGGCUCCAUCACCUCCUCCUCCUACUUAUGGUGCAGCUACUUCUCAAGGCGAUGCACAUAAAGGGAUAUUGAACCAAGGGGCAUUGAGCAGAUUAGGAGCCGCAGGAAUAUCCGUCCCGGGAUUCGGAAUCGGAACCUCCAAAUCCCAAGCAGCAAUCCCCGCACCCCCAAUACGAACCUCAUCCAGCAACUCAUCACUCGCACCUCCCCCCGCCCGAAAAUCCUCCCCCCAAAUCCCCUCGCGAACCUCCUCGCCCCAACUCCAAGAACUGUCAUCACGGUUCUCCCGACUAACAUCCUCAUCCUCCCCCUCAUCCACAUCCACAACCACAACCUCCCCCACACCCUCAUCCAACACCCCCCAAGGCACAACCCUCGCACAAAAACAAUCCGCCCUCCGCACCGCCUCCGCCUUCCACAAAGACCCCACCUCCAUCUCCCUCACCGACGCCCGCACCGCCGCCAGCACGGCCCAUAAUUUCCACGCUAGACAUGGUGAACAAGCCAAGAGUGGUUUUGCUGCCGCUAAUAAAUUGAAUGCUCAGUAUGGUAUUGCGGAGAAAGUGGGAUCGUCAUAUGCGGGAUCGUCAAGGGGGAGAGAUGGGCAUGUGGAUGCUUCUUCUUCUUCUUCUUCUGGACAUGAUGGGGUUGCGGUGGGUUAUGGGAUUGGGGGAUUAAAUGGAUUAAACACACAACCAGUCCUAGCAAAAAAGAAGCCGGCGCCUCCGCCUCCUCCAAAGAAGAGGGCUGAAUUAAGCGCGGGUGUUCAGGUUUCGGGAAUGGAUUAUGCGAAUGCACCGGCACCGCCUCCGAUACCCAUGGCUACGAAACCUAAGCCGAAGCCGAUGGUGAGGUGA